AUGCACAGAGGAACAGAGCGAACUUCAUAUAUCCCUUUUCCACUCAAUCCAGAAACAAGAUCGGACGUUAUUCUGGUUCGUCUCCAUUUUUGUGAAACUAUUCCUCAAGCAAGGCAGCCGAUAAGUCAUCGAAGGGUUUGUGUGAAUAAUGGAAUGGUAAGCAUUACUCAUUUUAAAGUGUCCCACGGUGAUUUAAUAUCUUUUCAAGAAAAUGACGCGAGAAUCCGCGGUGAAGAAAUAAGGAGAUCUUUCUAUAUCGAAAUAUCAGUUGAAAAAAUCAUAGGCAAAUUCCUGGAUCACCCGGUAAGAAUGUGGAGAAGAACAAAAACAGAAUGGUUCCACCUACUCAAAACUCAGAGGGGAUGCCGCCUACUACUAAAAUCCCGGUUUUUGCAACAGUUGCGCUCUUCUAUGCAAGAAGAAGACUUAGAAAGAACAAAGAAGUUUGGAUCCGAAAAAGUAUGCUUAGGCAGUUCCUUCGCUGAGCACAACAGAAUGAAGAGGAAUUUGUAUCAUUUCAAAUCCCUAUUCUUAUCGAAGAGAAGGAACGAGAAAAACCGAAAUCUUCCUACUCGAACAAGAAGUCCUAUAGUUUACAACUCUUCUUUAUAUAGAAAUUCGACCUAUUGCUCCGCAUCCCCCCAUCAGUUUACUAUGAAGAGAAGAAUCAAAAGGAUUGAACUACCUACUCAUUAUUCGGAGGUGAAUCAUAGAACACCAAAAGCUGUGGUAUCUUAUGGACCUAACAUAGGUCACAUCCCUCACGACAUAAGAUUGAAAGAUCUAAACCUUCCUCUUCGGAGCGGAAACGGACGUGGCCAAAACAUAUAA